UAGUGGCGUUGUCGUUGUCAUAUGUAGGCGUGUGCAGUCGCAGUAAUUAGUCGUUACGACUUGACGUGAGUUUCAAAGUUCUCGUAAAGUGAUCUUCAAUAUCUAAGAAAAUGGCAAACGAAACAAGUUUUCCUAUUUUAGUAACAGUAUUAUUCGUUUUCUGUUGUAUUCAGCAAGGACUAUCUAUCAAAUGCUGGGUUUGCAGAUCCGAUUCUGAUCCAAAAUGUGCAGAUCCAUUUGACAAUACCACUGUACCCAUAACUGACUGUAAACAAGAACCUGACUUAGAGCAUUUGCCAGGUGUAAGGCCUACCAUGUGUCGUAAAAUUCGUCAAAAAGUCAACGGUGUAUGGAGAUAUUUUCGUAGUUGUGCGUAUAUGGGAGAACCAGGAAUUGAGGGGGAUGAAAGAUUUUGCCUUAUGAGGACAGGGACCUAUAAUAUAUUUAUGGAAUAUUGUACUUGCAAUAGCAAAGAUGGCUGCAAUGCAGCUUCGUACAAUCACAGAAGCAUAUUUGCUUCAAUUAUAGCUUCAGCAAUUUCGUUAAGAUAUGUACUUGUUUAUACUUAAUAGCGUUGGCCAUAUCGACAGAGCUAACUAGACAAUAUAUAUUUGAACAUAUUUUUUUUACAACAUAAAGAUUCUCUUGUACUUACUAAUGCAACAUUCUUUUUAACAAUCAUAUGAUUUGAACUUCAGGGAAAUAGAAUAUUCCAGUUACAAACUUGAGAUCAUACUCACUCAAAAACCAUUUUGUAUCAUUGAACAAUUCUUUUUUAUAAGUGUUUUAAAGUGCCUCUCUGUGCCUUACUACCUACCGAGAUGAUAAUUAACAAGAUAUUUUUAAGACAGUUUUUUGAUAAUUUAGAAUAUUGCAAAGAUAUAUUAUUAUCUUCUCUCAGAGUAUUGCAAUUUUUUAGAGAGAUAUAUUUUUAUUAUUAUAGUAUAAUUUUUAAUCCAAGCACAUAUAUGCUUGUAUCAUACUUACUGUUUAAUUUAGACUUGGUUAGUACAAAAGAUUGAACAUUAUACCAAACAAAUGUAUUGAAUAAUGUUAAUAUUUAGCACAAUAUAGAUAAGACUGUAAAUUCUGUCCAUUAGAAGUUUAUAACUUUAGUAUUAGUAUGAUACGAUUGGGCCUUUUUGUAUUUUUGUAUGUAUUUUCUAGAAGUGGUUAAUGCUGCCACACAAAUAAAGCUAUGAUUGCUUGCAUAAUAUAUCGUUCCCUUAUAUAUGUUUUGUACAUGUGUAUGAUAAAAAAGAGAAUGAAUAAAGCAAUAUGGAAAACA